CAACAAGGAAGGAAGGGCGUGGGGAGCCUCCUGCUGGGGCAACACACAACACAGAGGAGGGGUAUAAAAGCUGACAGCCCUGGCACCUCACACACUCACACUCACACACCUACACACUCCUCCCAGCUCACCUCCAGCCUCUGCCCACCAUGGCCGCCUCCGCCCUGUCCGUCUGCUCCAGCAACCUGAACUACGGCAACCGCGCCUGCCUGCCCGGGUCUGGUGACUCCUGCACUGACUCCUCCUGGCAAGCGGACGACUGUCCAGAGAGCUGCUGUGAGCCCUCCUGCUGCCAGCCCUCCUGCUGUGUCCCCAGCUGCUGUGUCCCCUCCUGCUACACCCCCAGCUGCUGCCAGCCCACCUGCUGCACUCCCAGCUGUUGUGCCCCAGCUCGCUGCCUGACCUUUGUCUGCACCCCAGUGAGCUGCAUGUCCAGCCCCUGCUGCCAGGUGACCUGUGGGUCCAGCCCCUGCCAGUCAGCCUGCACCAGCUCCUGCAUCAGCUCCUGCCAGCCCUCCUGCUGCACCUCCUCCCCCUGCCAGCAGGCCUGCUGUGUGCCCGUCUGCAGCACACCGGUCUGCUGCAAGCCCAUGUGCUGUGUGCCCGUCUGCUCUGGGGCCACCCCCUGCUCAGUCUCCUCGUGCUGCCAGCCCACCUCCUGCACCUCAUCCUGCUGCAGACCCUCCUCCUGCAUGUCCGUCAUCUGCCGCCCCGUGUGCAGGCCUGCCUGCUGUGUGCCCACCUCCUCCUGCUGUGGCCCCACCUCCUCCUGCCAGCCCAUCUGCUGCCGCCCGUCCUCCUGCAUGUCCCUGAUCUGCCGCCCCGUGUGCUCCCGCCCGGCCUGCUGCGUCCCCACCUCGGCCCAGACGUCCUGCUGCUGAGCAGGCAUGUCCCCCAGGG